GUUCAGUACUUCAAGAAGUUACUAUAAAUAGCUGCUAAUAUGAAAGACAAUAUUGACUUGCAAUUUUUCAUAAAUUAAAUUUAUUUUAGUGAAAUUACUAUUUUCUUAAAUAAUGGCAAGCAUUAAUGUAUUGACAUCAGCUGCAUCAACUCUGGUAUCGAACAACCGGGCCUUAACCAGCCCAUUCACAGCUGGAUCCAGCCCAAUUUCUGUGUUGACCCAAACACCAUCAAUGAAGACCUCUUCUACAAGGCCUUCUUUUGUGGUGAAAGCCCAACAGGCCGGCCCAAAUAAAAUUGAUCCCCUAACAGUAGAUCGCUACAACAAAAAGGUUGCCAUCCUUGAGACCAAUCCUUACGUGCGGACACCAUGGAACACAGAAGAAGAUGAAAAAGAGAUAAGAAUGUGGUUUGACAUGCCUGGACUCGCAGCAGACAACAUUGAAGUUGAUAUUGUGGAUGAUUUUUUAGUCAUCAAAGGAGAUGGUGGUAUCGAUGCUUUUGGAAACAAGAUCCACAGUCCUUACGAUUCUCGUCUUCAAUUGCCUUUUAACUCUUGGAAGGAAGAAGUUACUGCUGUUUUUAAGAAUGGUGUUCUUUAUGUUACUGUUCCUAAGAUCCUUAAAAAUCCACACAAAAUGAUUCAUAUUCCUGUUCGUAACGUCGUUUAAUUAUAAUACAAUAAUAAUAAUAAUAAUAAUAAUAAUAAUAAUAAUAAUAAUAUAUACCUCUAUAUAAUCCUAAGAGGCUAAGACCUUUCAUAUUUUAG